AUGGAGAUAAAAGAUGGAGAUGACAUAAGAAGCUUCCUUUUGGACGAUCAUAUCUGUUUGAGCAAAGAACAACUUGAAUACCAAGAAGAAACCGAUAGUUAUAACCUAAUUAUCUUCGACCUAAGGGAAGAUUAUUCACACGGCCAAUUUUGCAUGCUCCUUGGUGAUGUUGAUAGCUACGAGUGUCAUGUUGUGUGGAAGAAAACUAGCGGCGAAUGGAUCGAGUUCGAUGAUUUGUUGGUUCCGUGUCUAAUGCUCGAGACGAAUGAGAGUGGGAUGCAAUGGAGGGAGUUUGAUGGGGUACUAUGGAUGGAUCUUGACAGCGAGGAGUUUCCGUUGAUGUCGAUGGUGUGCAAUGAUGGAGAGUCCCAAAAAUCUGUGUGUGAAGCGGAAAUAGCUACAAGUGAAAUGGAAGCGAUCAGAAAGGGCAAAGGGGCGAAGAAAGGCGACGAAGAUGGCGGCAAAUACGCGCGAUACACGCAGCAGCAGCUCGAUGUUCUUGAGACAGCAUACACACAGUGUCCUAACCCCAACCAUCUGCGAAGGGCGCAGAUUCUUCGCGAGCAAUCGGUUCUCAGGGGGAUCGAUACUAAACAGCUCAAAAUCUGGUUCCAGAAUCGAAGAUGCCGCGAGAGGCAGAGGAAGGAAAACGACGAUCUCAUGUCAGAAAACAGGCGGCUAAUGGCGGCAAACAAGAUGUUAAGAGAAGAGAAUGAUAGCCUGCAGAAGAAACUCACCCACCUCAUGAUGGAAAAUGAGAACUUGAGGAACCAAAUCCUUGGUCUAAACUCGGCUCCCACCGGGAUGACGGAAGCCAAUAGUCUUCCAAUGACUGCGACAAUAGCUGAUGACACCUCCGGCCUCCGCGCGCUGGCUGAGGAAGCCAGGGAAGAGUUCUUGUCGAAAGCCAUGGGAACUGCUGUUGUUUGGACCCCGAAUUUUGGGAUGAAGCUGCGUAGUCUGGCUUCUGUGGCUACUCUGUUUGUCUCAUCAGCCGAGGGCGCAGUUGCAGCCCGGGGAUGCGUUACAGUACCUGUAGAUCCGCUUAAGGUAAUCGAAAUCUUAAAAGACAAGUGCUCGUGGUGCUGUUGUUGCCGUGCAAUGAAUGUCAAUGCUCUGUAUUCGUUGAGCGAUGGCGCGACCAUCGAGCUACUCUACACGCAGUACUACUCUCCCACCAUCGUCGCCUGCGCUCGCGACUUCUGGACAUUGCGAUACACCUCUGUUUUGAGUGAUGGAAGCUUUGUGGUCUGCGAAAAGUCGAUUUCCAGCUUCGAUGGUGUCCCGGGCUCUGCAGAACUGAUAAGAGGAAAAAUGCUUGCCAGCGGCUUCUUGGUUCGCCCUGUCGAAGGAGGAACAACGAUACAUCUGAUACACCAUCUGCAGUUAGAGGCAUUGUCUGUGCCGGAAGUUGUUCGCCCCUUGUACGAGUCAUCCGGCCUCGUCGCCAAGAACAUGGUUGUUGCUGCGUUUCACUACUUUCAACACAUGAUCGACGGAAGGAGCGACAAGCGAAUGGCAGCUAACAGUCGGCACGACCCGAGCUUCUUGAGAUUGUUCAGCCAAAGGCUUUGCAGGGGGUUCGACGACGCAGUGAAUUGCUUUCCCGAAGACGGGUGGGUUCCGAUGAACGCUGGCGAAAUCGUUUUGUACAUUAAACAGCAGACGAGGAACAUCGCUGCUGCUGGAGGAGUCUAUGCGAGAUUCGAUAGCGUAAUCUGCGCCAACACAUCGUUAGUACUACAAAAUGUCGAUCCUGUAAGCAUGGUGAAGGCUCUGAAAGAGCGCCGUUCGGCAUGGAUGGACUUCAACUUCUCCGAUCAUACCUUGGCAUUUUCUAAAGCGGCGUGCUUUGCGUAUCCGGGGCCUAAUCUUCGCCAUUUCGCCGAAACCUCUGCGCUAUUAGGCCACGCCGACUGCGAGAACGAGGCAUUCGAAGUGAUCCGAUUCGGCCACACUUCCGAUCGCCUCAACAGCACAUUCCCGGGGGAUUUGUACCAUUUGCAGAUUAUCAAUGGGAUGGAAGACAUCGGCGCCGGGUCGUGCGCCGAGCUAAUCUUCGCGCCGAUCGACAGAAGUACGCCUAAGGAUGCCGUUCUCUUAUCCUCCGGCUUUCGGAUCUUCGCGUUGGCUCCGGCAGCUUCACUGGUUGUUUUGGCAUUUCAAUUCCCUUUUGAAUCCCAUCUGCAAGAGGAGGUUGCAGCCAUGGCUCAGAAGUACGUCGAGCAUGUUGUUAUGUCCCUAAAAAAACUCACCGGCGAGAGCGAAUGGAAGGCUAAUUCGGCUAAUCCAGGCGUCGCCGUCGCCGGCCAAAUCGCCGCGGCGGCGGCUGAUCAGACGGCGAAUCUUGCAAACAUUAUGUACCAAAGUUACAGCAGAUCGACAUUCGGGGUGGAGAUGAUGAUUCCGUAUAGGGGUGGCGCGUGUAAUUCGGCAUUGGAGAUAAUAGAGCAGCAGCAGCAUGCAAUACUGUGCUUCUCGUUCUCGGACAUAUUUAGCAGGGAGUGCGUUCCGUCGUGCUUGUACGCCAACCGAGCAGCCAUGCACAUGGUGGGCACGUGCGCGGUGGCGCCGGACAAUCUGCCGGCGUUGCUCGGCGUCGGCGUUGGUGUUAACGGCUCCUCGUCGUCGUCGCUGUUCUCGAUCCUUCAGACCGUAAUGCAGCAGGGAUACGCGAUCCUGCCGCGGACGAGCGGGAAUGGGUCUGCGGGGUGCGUGUCGUACGGACAAGCAGUGCUGUGGGUGGUGCAAGAGACUUCACCUUGUCUCCUUGCUCUAGCAUUCAUGGAGUGGUCCUUGGAUCAAUGA